AUGAAUGUCGUACAGGGCCUUCUGUCGGCCGUGUCGCCACUUUCCGACGGCGAUUUUGCCGAUCGCCUUAACUACUGCGUGACCACUGUCGGGCUUGUACUGGCAUCGGCGUUCAUCUCCGGAUGGAGUGCUGGUUCCCUGCUUACUACAAGAUGGUGGAUGGAAUACGCGUUAGACUACUGUUACGUACAAAAUACGUAUUUUAUACCGAUGACCGAUGUGAAAGUCCACAAUGCUUUCGAUUUUGCCCAACAUGUCAUUGAAAUCCCUUCUAAUCACACGGAACGUGAAGCGAAGCAAAUCGGUUACUACCAGUGGGUACCGUUUAUACUCGCAGCACAGGCGAUUCUUUUCUAUCUUCCCGUUGUCAUAUGGCGUUCAGUCUACGAGAGUUCAGGUUUCAAGGUGAAAGCCAUAUGUGACACAUGCAGUAUGCAUGCCAAUAUGGACGAGGUUACACGACAGAAGAACAUGAAAACGAUCGCCGCAUUUCUUGUUCAGGAGCACUCCGUCGCGUUAGUGAAAGCCGGCAAAGCACGACGACUCACCAGUGGUAGCUAUAUUACGAUCGUUUAUGUGAUCGUGAAAUUCCUCUAUGCGCUGAACGCCGUCUUCCAAUUCAUAUUCCUCAAGAAUGUGCUCGGUGUGAAGUCGUACACAUGGGGUCUGGACGUGUCGUUGGAUUUGUGGUACGGUCGAGAAUGGCCAGAAACUGGCAACUUUCCAAGGAUACAAUGUCGACUAUACUGA